UUUACAUAAGUUUGCGAACGCCAAUGAAUGCUCUGGCAGUUGCAAUUAAUCGAAGUCAGCCCUAGUAAUCUGAAUCAAGGUUGUUUGUUGCUGCUUCAUCUCCCAUUUCACUCGGCGCUUUCUUCUCUUGAGGGAUGGUCAUUGGUGUUGUAUAUCUCAACAGGUGGUUGAAAGGUGCUUCAAGUCCAAAUAAAAUAGUUAUGAGUGGUUUCAGAACAUGUGGUUCCUCUAAGUUGGGUACAUCUGUUAUUGGUGGUGAAUAUGAUGCUCGGGAUGAACAGUCUGCAUCAUUGAGCCCUGACAUCAAAGAAUGUUUAGCCUCAAGUGUACAAUGCACUCCAGAAAUUGAAAAGAAAUACGUGCAUCGUGUCUAUGAUGCGAUUGCUCCACAUUUCAGUUCUACCCGCUUCGCCAAAUGGCCAAAAGUGGCUACUUUUUUGAAUUCACUGGCUCCGGGGUCUCUCGUACUGGAUGCGGGAUGUGGAAACGGGAAGUAUUUGGGCUUUACUCCGGAUAGUUUCUUUAUAGGCUGUGACAUCAGUGCUCCACUUGUUGGUAUAUGUGCAGAUAGAGGGCAUGAAGUGGUGGUUGCAGAUGCUGUAAAUCUUCCUUAUCGAACUGGUUAUGGCGACGCAGCAAUCUCUAUUGCUGUUUUACAUCAUCUGAGUACAGAGAUUAGGAGGAAAAAAGCAAUAGACGAACUAGUCCGAGUUGUCAAAUGUGGCGGCCUUGUUCUAAUUACAGUUUGGGCUGUGGAGCAAGAGGACAAAACACUUCUUAACAAAUGGACACCGCUAACAGAUAAGUAUGUUGAUGAGUGGAUAGGACCCGGCAGUCCACGGACCCGCAGUUCUUCGCCCUUCGCUGUUAGCAGUCCUUCAUCCUCCACUCUUGAAAGCAUUCCAGAGGCUGAGGAAAAUGGUUCAAAAGAGAAGUUAAAUAAGUUCAGGGAUUCGUCUUCUGUCAUGGAGGGUUCAGAAAACGGGCAAGUGGCCUCUGAAGCAAAAGAUCACUUCAUGGAUUUUGAAGCCGGAGAAAAGAGUGAAAGCCAUCAGGAAUAUUUUGUUCCUUGGCACUUGCCUUAUCAUCGAGCUGAAGUGAGUGGAGCUUCUGUAGGUGCUGUUGCAAAUGGUCUGGCCAAGAAAGAUGAUAAGAAGGGUGCUAUAGUGUACAACAGAUACUACCAUGUAUUUAGUCAAGGAGAGCUUGAAAGGUUAGUCUCUGGUAUGAAAAAUGCAGUCGUUGUUGAUCGUUUUUAUGACAAAUCAAAUUGGUGCAUUAUCCUUAGGAGGACGUAGUGACCAUGCUGUAAUGUGCAAGUAUUUCAUGUGAAUGGAUUUGCACAAAGUAAGCACUUUUUACUUUUACACAUAUAAUUUCAAUACCUUGUGCUUAGGUUCUUUGGUUAGGAAUUCCUUCGCACUUGUGGGAUUGCGUUGCGAGCUCUGUAGGUUGGAACAUUUUUGGUUAUAUGUUCAACUGGAUCAAAUGAAUACUAUUUUAUUUCUGAUAUUUUCUGUUGAUUAUGCUCUCUUUUAUUCCCGA